AAUCCGGUCAUGCGCGUGCAUCAGUAAACAAACAGAGAAACGAAAACACUUCGGAGUGCGCGAUGCCCGCUGCCGUAAAUUAUUUGACCUCUACCGCAUUUCCGCUUCUCUUCGUGUGCACGUAAUUCGGGAUAGGUUUUAAGUGAUCUGAGCGAUGUGCACAGCGACUGUAAGGUUGAAACCGGGGAGCAGGGAUGCCGAAAGUUGUCCGCACGACAACGUCCUCAACAACAUAGCUUCCGACCGCAUGUAUCUCUACUUGCCCCGGAAUCUGUCCUAUUGUCACAUGUGCACACAUGCUCAAGAACAACAUGUCCAGUACAAGAUGCGGCUGUUACGGGACUUUCUUAAGUGUUGCGCAACUGACGAUGUCCUGUCAAAAGACCUGGAAAGAAAAAAAACUCCGGAAGGACCCACACCCGGAGCUUCUAUACUCCACUGUCGGAAAAGCCCAGAUCCAGAUAAGCAGGCAUGGCGCCAGCGGCGCAGGACGCGCAUGGUGAAGUUUGCGGACUCCCUUGGACUCGAGCUGGAGCACGUGCGCUUCCUGAUCAGUGAUGGAGCACGCACACUUCGCCUGCCUUCGCUUCCAGAGCACGGUCCAGCGACUGGCCGUCGUGUGGAGCUGACACCUUUAUUCGAGCAGCCCUCAGCAGAUGAUGCAGCCUUUCGUAAACGCCUGUGGACUCAAAAGGUGUGUCUCCACUCAGUAGCAGUACGUGACCUUAGCAUUCACGGUGUGGUUAGUGUUCUCAACCUCACCUACCACAAAACGGUUUUUGUACGCUAUACGGUCAACGGGUGGAGGUCCCACGUCGACCUUGAAGCGUACCACGUGGCCGGAUCUACAAGAGAAGGUGCUGACCAGUUUGCAUUCGUUGUGCUUGGUGAGUCAUCGGACGACGCUCGCAGUGACACCUACAGGGUAGAAUUUGCUGUGUGCUAUCAAACGCAAGAUCAUCGUGAAUUUUGGGACAACAAUGUGGGAAUGAAUUAUGCUUUUCGGGUUGUGCUCAGCAGUAGUAGUAUACUCAAGAUGCCCUUGCAUUUUCUUUGAAGUUGGCAGAUCUAGGUGUAAAGUGCAUUAGACAGACAGAGGAUGUUGAUGCAUACAAGUUAUUGGCAACAAAGGUGCUUUGUACACGUGCUCGAAAUUUGAGUAUGCUUAGUGUUGUUAAGAGAAAACUUGUAUGAAAAGAUUGGGAUGUGUGUAUCCGAAGAGUCGACUCAAGGAACGGUUAAAUAAGUCUACAAGUCUAUCCUUGGCUGUCCAGUGUUAUUCCUUGAAUUUUGGCAAUUGCACAAAAGUAAACUAUAAAGUGCUGCAUUCACAGAUGGGAAUUACAUGACAGUUCGACAAAAUUGCUUUGCAGCCACUAUAAUAUCUUCAGCUGUACCAGUAAAUACAACAUUGUUUAGUGCAGUGUCCUUAGAGAUUCUAUCGAUACAACAAAAAUUGCAGACACUCUGUAUAUGCUCGGUUGCAUUACUUGUCAUAUUUGAAACAUAGUUCUUUUGAUGGCAGAUUUGUUGAAUCAUAGAUACAAAUUACAGUGUUUUGUUGAGAAAGUGAAUUUACCUUCAGCACUUCAUUGUGGAUUUGGAUUCACACAACAUUCAGUGCUUAUGCUGAAUGCCCUCUUUCUAGAGCUUUAUGCAAAGUAAUUGCAAGUGCUUGAGCAGUCAUUGUGAUAACCUUGCCAACAAAGUGAUAAAUAAACUGUGGCGACCGUU